AUGAAGUUCUUCUCCACCCUCGCCCUCUCCUCCCUCCUCUCCACGGCCGCCUGGGCCUGGGCCGGCAGCGAGAGCGACAAGACCGGCGCCGGCUCCCUCUUCCGCCGCGCCGAGACCAUCCAGCAGACGACGGACCGGUACCUCUUCAGCAUCACGCUCCCGCAGUUCCACGUCUACCGCAACGCCAAGAGCCCGGCCACGCUCGACUGGUCCUCGGACGGGUGCAGCUACUCGCCCGACAACCCGUUGGGAUUCCCCUUCACGCCCGCCUGCGACCGUCACGACUUUGGGUAUCGCAACUACAAGGCCCAGUCGAGGUUUACGGACGAUAACAGGUUGAAGGUCGAUGGUAACUUCAAGACCGAUCUCUAUUACCAAUGCGACACCAACGGCUACGGCUCCGUCUGCCGCGCCCUCGCCAACGUCUACUACACUGCCGUCCGCGCCUUUGGCCGCACCAAGGGCGAGCUCCAGGAGGAGUACGAUCUGCUGCUGGCUUACUACAACGAGCUUGUGGCUGAGGCCAUUGACAAGGGAGAGGAUCCGUUGUUUUAUUAG